AUGGAAAUAGAAGUGGGAGAUGAUAUCUCCUUGUUGGAAGGUGAAAUUUCAGCGAUGGAAUUCAGAUUAUCGCAGCUCGAGCAGGAGAAGGAAAAGUUAGCAAUCUCGAGGACAGUGAACGCAAACCACAUCGCAGCUUUGGUCCAAUGCCAUGGAUCUCUAUCCAAGCAGAUCCUGCAAAGAUUCGAUAGCUGUGCUACCUCUGAAUCUAGAAUGAAAGAAUGUCUGCAUGAGGUGUUCAAGGAAGUCAUGGAUGAGAAAGAAUACUUGAAACAAGUCGACGGAGCCGUUGGGGAUCUCAAAACAUUCAUGGAUCGCAAUAGCAUGUUUCUGAAUACUCUCGUGGAAGCAAUUUCGCUCAUCAACGAUCAAACGGAUAAGAAAUCAAGGACAAGCGUCUCCUGCCUUGACCAGCUUCGAAAGGAGGCAGCUUACGAGCUAGCAAGGCUGCAAGAUUGUUUUGUGCAUUCUGAGAUAGACAAGACCGAUGCGUUGGUGCAACUGCAACAAAACUUGACACUUGAGAAGGUUCUCAACGAGCAGAUAAAGAAAAUCUCUUCCGGAGAUCUUGAAGUUGAUAUGCCCGUGAACAACUCUGUCGAGCAGUCCGUAGUUACGAAACAGAACACAAUCAACGCUCUGAACAAAGAUGCAGAUACACUGAGAAGCGAGGUGGAGAGUGUCUUGCUGAAUGAGCUGAAGAAGUCGCAGGGGAUGUCGAUCAGGGAAGGCGAUGCAGAAGUAAGACUGGAGCAGAGCAAGGAGAAUGUGCUGUUUCUUGAGAAGAUCUCGAGCAUCGCAAAAUUGCACGUAUUUUGCGUUGAGUUGUUGAGAGUUGUGAUGCAACACCGAUGUGAAGAGCAAGACAGGAGCCUUGACUCUCUGCAAACAGUGCUGCAGGUUCUUGAAGUGUUGUCCGGCCUUCUUCUAAACGCGGGCAGCAUCUUUAAGUUUGCUGAUGUUGAUAAGGAAAAUCAACCGACCAACAAGCCGGAAAACUCUGCAAUUCUGACGCAGUACAUGAGCUUGAGGAGGAAGGUAGAUAGCCAGGAGCAAUGUCAGGCUGAAUCUCUAUCGUUGUUCUCUCGUUCAGCGAAGGACAACGACGUCAGGAUUUCGGCUUUCAAGAGUCUCGUUUGGGAGACAACAGACAAGAGAAAGUCUCCUGAGUCAAGCUUCGUCUGUGUAGAAGAUGCCAUGGCGGAGCUGGAGAAGGUCAAAGCGAAACUUGAAACAAACCUGUUGAAAGUUGGGAAGCUACGAUCAGAACCAAGACCAAAACUUUCAGAUGUGUUUGUUGACUUCUUCUUGAACCCACAGGCUUUGAUACCCAGAUACGAUUCGUAGACACUUGGCAAGAAAGUUGUUUCAAAAGCUGAGAGUUUUCAAAACGCUCAGAUACAAACUCCUGCACUUAGGUCCAGUGAAACUUGACAUUGAGGCAACAGCUGAGAGUCACGAUCUUUUGUAAACAUAUAUUGAUCGAACGC